AUGCCAAUCUGUAUCGAGUGUAGACACCCCGUCAAGACACUAUGGACCAAAUACUCGGGCGCUGGUGACCAGUCUAGCGGACACAACAUCCGCCUAAGCGUCUGCCGAAACUGCGGUUUCUUUUGCGACAAGUAUGUCGAGCAUGACUUUGUCGUCAUCUUCAUAGACUUGGUCUUGAUCAAGCCGCAGGUCUACAGGCACCUCCUCCACAACACCUUGAUGCGGAAUGGCGAUCGGUUCGAUGUAUGUACAACUAACUGUCUGUCGCACUGGCCGUGUAUACACGAGACCAUUUUGAGCCCUACUCCUUGCUGGCACUCGUGGCGUGCCAACGCUGAUACUGAACACGUGCUAACCAACGCGCCCGCCUUUCACUCGGAGCAGCCUUCCAUCAUCCGACUGGGCAUCCUGCUGCUGCUGUUUGAUGUCUAUCUGACGUGGGAGCGCAUCGAGAAACGGGCCGGUCCAGCCAUGUUCCCUGGCGGAGGCAACCUAGGCAACCUGGCCCAGCAGCCCAUUGCGGUACAAUACCUCUUCUUCUUAGUUCUCUGCACAUUAUCAACACUGGCAUUCCAUCUUAUUAUUCGAUUUCUCACCUGCUCGUCGUAUUCGCCCUUUGAUAUACUGGGUAUCAUGCCGCGAUACGCACGUCCAAAUUCGGUCUCGACAGCAUUGCUCUUAUCUUCCUACACGAAGCUAUUCCCAAUUCUCAUGGUUAUAUGGAAGUAUGACAUCCCUGCUGCAGCUAGGCCCUUGGGCUGGGCAGUCGUAGCGAAUAAUAUCGAGGCUCUGAGAAUUCUGUUGGAUUGUAAAUAUUAUACAGCUUGUAUCCUUGCACUAGCCGGCGCAACCUCGCGGUGGGCUGCAGGACGAUUUAUUCUUAUAGCUGCCGGGCUUGGUGAUGUUGAUUCCAUCAGUGAGAGCAGCGUCGCUGCUGAUGGGAGGGCGCUCUGGGCUUUGUUCCUGUUGAUCAGGGACUGGGCCGGUCGAUUGGCCGUGGGUUAA